CCACCCAAAUAGAGAACUCAAAAUCUCUCAAUCUUUCUCUUCCUCUCUCACGGUCAUUCGUCACUACCUCUCUUAUCAUUUCAGCAUCGCACUUUGCGUUUCUACUCGUCACAGCUCCCGGAAAAUAGCUCCAAGCCUCCAAACUAUUAUUCAGUGUACCGAAAAUGACCACUCAGAUUUUCCGAUUUGCUUCCAGAACCUCCAGGUCACUCCUCUCUGCCUCCAAAGGCUCUCGUUUCUACUCCGAAGGACGAGCCGCAGCUGCCGCCGCUACAGUGUCAUUGAGAGAAACAGUGCCGUUUCUAGCUUCAUACUACAGGAGGGCCGGUUCUGAGAGUACAUCUAGAGGAUGGAUUUCAGGAGUCCUUGCCAUUCCUGCAGCAGCUUACAUGCUCCAGGAGCAGGAGGCACAUGCUACAGAGCUAGAGCGCACUUUCAUUGCUAUCAAGCCUGAUGGAGUGCAAAGAGGACUGAUUUCAGAAAUCAUAUCUCGUUUUGAGCGGAAAGGGUUUAAACUCGUGGCCAUUAAAAUAGUGAUUCCUUCGAAGGAGUUUGCACAGAAGCAUUAUCACGAUCUGAAGGAAAGACCUUUCUUCAAUGGCCUUUGCAACUUCCUUAGCUCUGGCCCUGUUCUUGCAAUGGUCUGGGAAGGAGAGGGAGUUAUUAAGUAUGGUCGAAAGCUGAUUGGAGCUACGGAUCCACAGAAAUCAGAACCUGGAACCAUCAGAGGGGAUCUAGCAGUUGUUGUUGGAAGAAACAUCAUCCAUGGGAGUGAUGGUCCAGAGACUGCCAAGGAUGAGAUCAGUUUGUGGUUUAAACCAGAAGAGUUGGUUAGCUACACAAGCAACGCAGAGAAGUGGCUCUAUGGAGAGAACUGAUACUUAUUUUUUGCCUUACUUUACUAGUGAGUUGGGUUCCAAGCGAAGGGCGGGGGGUUGGAGCACAAUCUUUAGAAUAAAAAUGUCUUUUGCUGAGGUGAGUGAUAUCGUGAUUUGCCACAAAUACAAUUGGCUGAUCUGAAUUUUUAGCAAUAAUUAGUUCCACCUCUUAUCAAAUAAAGUAGUGUUAUUUAUGCAUUCAUUCAAAUGCAAGUUACUAACGGUAUCGAUGCAGUAUUUAUGUAAGUUCCAAUCUUAUCUCGAGCAUUCAUCUUUUAUAUCUUAA